AUGGCCGACGGAGCUGUGCUUGAGCGCCAGCCGACCAACACGGUCGCCGAGCAGGACGAAGAUCGUCUGGCCAGUUUUGGCUACAAGCAGGAGCUGCGGCGCGAUUGGGGCCUGGCACACAACUUUGGCGUGUCGUUUUCCAUCAUCAGUGUCAUUACGGGCCUGACGACCCUCUUUUCCUAUGGCCUCAACACUGGCGGCCCGGCAGUCAUGUCUGUCGGCUGGAUCCUCGUCUCCUUCUUCACCAUGCUCGUCGCCAUCGCCAUGGCCGAGAUCGUGUCGGCCAUCCCCACGAGCGGUGGCCCGUACUUUUGGUCGGCCCUGCUGGCCCCGCCGCGCUGGUCGCCCUUUGCCGCCUGGCUGACUGGCUGGUUCAACUUGCUUGGCCAGGUCGCCGUCACCACGGGCAUCUCGUUUGGUCUCGCCGGCUUGAUUGCCACGGCCGCGAGCGUCAAGAGCACCACCUACACGCCGACCGCGGGCAAGACCAUUGGCAUCUACGCCGCUAUUCUCGUGUCCCACGCGCUGGUCAACACGUUUGGCGUGCGCGUACUCAAAUACCUGAACAACACGUCCAUCUUUUUGCACUCGGCGGGCGUCAGCGCCAUCUGCAUUGCCGUGCUGGCCAAGGCACCCACACACCAGCCGGCCUCGUUUGUCUUCCAGACGUUCUACGACGGCACCGGCCUGGACACGGUCGGCUGGAGCAUCCGCGCGAGCCCGGCCUACGUGGCGCUGUGCGGCGCCCUGCUGUCGCAGUACACGCUGACGGGCUUCGACGCGUCGGCGCAUCUGAGCGAGGAGACCAAGAACGCCUCGUGGAGCGCGCCCAUUGGCGUCGUGUCCAGCGUCGGCUUCAGCGCGCUCUUUGGCUUCUUCGUGCUCAUGGCCUUUUUGUUCAGCGUCCAGGACUUUGCGGGCACCAUCAACAGCCAGUAUGGCCAGCCCGUCCUGCAGAUUUUUGUCGACGUCUUUGGCGAGGACGGCGCCCUGGCCGUCUUUAUCAUCAUCAUGAUUUGCGUCUGGCACUGCGGCCUCUUCAGCAUGACCAGCAACAGCCGCAUGAUGUUUGCCUUUGCCCGCGACGGCGGCAUCCACCCCUUCUUCCACAGCGUCGACCGCCGCUUCCAGUCGCCCGUGCGCACCGUCUGGCUCGCCGCCCUGCUGUCCUUCAUCCUGGCCCUGCCCUCGCUGGGCUCGACCGUCGCGUUUUCCGCCGCCACGUCCAUUGCCACCAUUGGCCUGUACAUUAGCUAUGGCCUGCCCAUUCUGAUCGGCCUCAUCUGGCACACGUCCUUUGUCGCCAUCAAGGGCCCCUUUAACCUGGGCAUCUUCAGCCGGCCCAUUGCCGCCGGUGCCUGUGCCUGGAUCGGCUGCAUCUCCGUGGUGUUCUGCCUGCCCACCACCAACCCCGUGACCGAUCAGACGCUCAACUACACCGUGGUUGCUGUCGGCAUCAUCGGCAUCUUUGCCAUUGGCAGCUGGGUGCUGUGGGCGCACAGGUGGUUCACGGGCCCGGCGGGCGAGGCCAUGGAGGCCAUGCGCGCGGGCGUCGACCCCACGGAACCGGGCGCGCUGGAAGCCAAGGAGGCCGAGGCCAUGCGGGACUCGCAGCAGAGUCACGGAGCCGAGCUCUCUGGCUAG